ACUCGGUUUCUCUGUUUUUCUCUUUCUACUUCCAAUUUCCCUUUCCCUCUUGCUCCAGCCCUCAGACUGGCAGCAACUUUGUGAGUUGUCCAACGUUUCCUCAAUUUGAAAAUCUGCCAGCUCAAUAACCACAGUCCCACCCACCUCAGCCCAGCAUCUCCGCGUAGAGAAAGCCCUCUCCGGAUGCCAAGGUGCAGAGAUUACUCAGGAUGCCACUCCUGGCCUCUCCAUCUGGCCCCAGAUAAGAUAAGGGGAGGGCUCAGCACUAUAAACAGGCCCCCAUCCUUCCCCCGGCCCAGGCUUCACUAGCCGAGCCCACACCAACCAGGAUCAGCAUGGCCGUCCGUCUGUGGGUGGUCGCCCUGGCCUUGGCUGCCCUCCUCGUUGUGGACAGAGGAGUGCCAGUGUCAGGAGAAAAGCUCGUUUUCUCAAGAAUGCCCUACUGUGAGCAUAUGGCAGAGUCGCCAGACUGUUCCCAGACAUCCAACCUGGUCUGUGGCACUGACGGGGUCACAUAUGCAAGUGAAUGCCAUCUUUGCUUAGCCCGGAUGUAAGUCCACCCCCCACCUUCCCCUGUGUUUGCUUGCGUGGGGCUCCAUCUCUGCUGCAUACAAGUCUGAAAGGAGCAAGACUUGAUCUGCCUCCUCCUUCACACACACCUGACCUAGGAAGAAUCCCCAACAUUUGCUCCUAACAGAAUGAGCACAAGUGUAAUUCAUGCACAUGGUUCUAAGCAGAAAGCUGCAGCUGGUGAGAGGUGGGGAGUGAAGACACUGAUCCUGACUAGGUGACUUCAUUUGAUUAUUAAUUCAUCCAGUCAACAAUUAUUUAUUGAGCACCUAUUAUGUACUAGACACUGAGGAAACAACAGGGCAUAAGCUAGACAGCAUCACUGGCCUUCUGGGGCAGUCAGUCAGUCUAAUGGGGAAGCCAUGUUGACUGUUAGCUAACUAUAGAAUAGAAUGCUAAAGGCUUGUAUG